GCGAGAAAGAAAAAGCAGCUGAAUACGCGUGGUCGAGAGUGUGCUCGGGGGUAUCGGCUGAACGCCGAUCUCCUCUCGAAACGAACCGAAUUAUCGGUAACGUCGUUCUACGAUCCACCGACUGGUCGAUGCGGUGUGUUUACUAUUUGGUGAAUGUUAAGAGUGAGCCGCGGUGUCUCGUGCAAUCUUGUUCAUCCCUGUGAGUGAAACUUGUCGAAAAAUUCAAAGAACGGGGGAAGAGAGAUGAGACGAGAGACAGAGGCAGAAGCUGCCAGCCGCGAAUUGGGUUACGUCCCGUUCGCCUGGCAACGAUAUAUGACGCAACGGCCACCCUUCGUUCGUACCAACGAUCCUCGUGAUCUUUCCGUGCCGCUAUAAUUCUGCAACACAGGACUUUUGAGCCUCGGUGUCGAUACACACGCGAAAAGGGAACGCGUGUUUCAUGCGAACAGCUAUCAUCCCCGCCCCGUCAACUCGAUUGCGCAGCUAGUUUUGGAGGUUAGCCGAUCACGAUUAAGAAACUUCAACGAAAGCGACACCCACAGAGCCAGCCGGAUCAGCUGUUUCCCCAGGACGACCUUUCGACUACCCUUGGUAGCCCAAAUGCCAGUCCAGCACGCGAGCCUUCUCAAUAGCACCGUCUCGAGAGCUCCUUGGUACCGGCGUGAACGGAGGAAGGACGAUGUUGUCGUACAUGUUACCCACCGAAGACAAACCACCACCGGGAGACUCGAAUCAGGGCAACAACUACCGCGCUAGUAAGUUGCAGAAGAGUCGAAAGGAUCGGCCGCCGAUCGCCACGAGGCCACCGGGCAAGGUGGUCCCCGUUUCUCCGAAAAAGUACGCCGACGCGAGCAAAACGAUGAUCGUCUCGACCAAGAUCGAGGAGCACGCCGGGGAUCGGCAGAAUCCCCGUCAGGAGGAGCAGCAACACGGUGUGAUAACGGAGAGCCCCAAGCACAACGGCACCGUGGUGAAGAAAUCCACUUUGCACACCACCAAGGUGACCAAAGACGACAGCCUGUACAGCAUCAACAGCGACGCCAGCACGGUCGGGAGCGAUCGCAAGAACAAAAUCUUCAACGGAGCGAAGCACACUAGUCUAAAAAGAGUUUCCUUUGGUUCGAGCAAGGGAUCAAUGGUAGAAACUCUGGUAUACGAGACACCUGUCCAAGAAGAGCCGGAGAUCAAUCGUUUCAUGGACCACAACGGACGCAUACCUUCUAUGAUCACACCUGUACCUGAUACCGACGAAGGUAGGGAAAUGGUACGUGUGUCGUUGCUAGGUCCACAACCUUCACCGACAACACCCGGCGUAUUUCAGGUGCAGUCUAUCACGAUAUCGAGGACUCAACCGAUCGACAUGGACACCGUUCCGGCCGAACUCCUGACCACGCACACCGAGCACACAGCCCCCGCCUAUCACACGCAAAUCAGCACGGACAGUGGUUGGGAUAAUCCCUUCAGACCAGACGGCGACCUUUCGAAGGAGGCCGACGAGAUAGUGGAAUUGAUAAAAGGUGGGAAGCCUAUCACUCCGACCCCAGGCCAGACAGCUCCGCCGUUGCCAGGAUGCGACAAUGUUAGCAACAACGCGCAGACCGCCGUCGACCACCACGACUCCAGUUCCAGUCCCUUGCUGAAAUCCUCGGCGAACUCGACGACUCGACACGCGAACGCGUCGCCGAAACCCGGACAAGAAAAUGGAAACGCCCAUGGCACUCCGAUGAAAGCUGCGACUGCCAACAGUCAGCAGCCUGUUAAGGAAAAGGUUGCCGCGUCGUCGAGAGCAGCUACCGUAGAAGUGGCUAGAAUGACGGCGCAGGGACCGGGCGACGCUUCGCAGGUCGAACACGUCACCUUAAAGAAGAAACGUAAAUGUAAAUGUUGUCUUCUGCAGUAAUGGCGAAGCGGAAGAAGAAGAAGAAGAAGAAGAAGAAGAAGAAGAAGAAGAAGAAGAAGAAGAAGAAGGAG